CAGCGGGCUUUGCGUUGGCAAGUACGCCACUGACGCGGGGCCGGCGGCUGGGAGGCAGGAAUAGCCAUUGACGUUGACGUGACAGUGCAGUCAUGUUGGCAGCAAGGCUGGUGUGCCUUCGGGCUCUCCCGUGCAGGAGUCUGCGCCCUGCACUCACUCAGACAUCUCCUGCGUUGCGGAAUUCUGCUCUGAAGACGAAGCAGUGGCUUUUGCAACCGUAUCAGGGGUAUGCCACCAAAACUAGGAUGGCUGUUCGCCGGGGAAGAACUGGUCAAGAAAUUAAGGAAGCUGCUUUUGAACCAGCGAUGGAGAGAGCUUUUAAAAUUGAUCGGCUGGGAAGAUGGUUUGUUGCUGGAGGUGCUGUCGUCGGUCUUGGAGCUGUCUGUUACUAUGGACUGGGGAUGUCCAAUGAGAUUGGAGCCAUUGAAAAAGCUGCUAUCUGGCCACAGUACGUGAAAGACAGAAUCCGGUCCACCUACAUGUAUUUUGCCGGAAGUGUUGGCUUGACAGCUUUGUCUGCUGUACUCGUCAGUAGAUCUCCUGCUCUGAUGGGUAUGAUGAUGAAGGGCUCUUGGCUGGCGAUAGGUGCAACCUUUGCAGCAAUGAUUGGUGCCGGAAUGUUAGUUAGAUCUAUAGAUUAUGAACAUAGCCCUGUCCCUAAACACCUGGCUUGGAUGCUGCAUGCAGGUGUAAUGGGUGCUGUGGUGGCUCCUCUCACUCUUCUGGGCGGCCCUCUGCUCAUCCGAGCGGCUUGGUACACAGCAGGGAUUGUAGGUGGGCUCUCCACUGUGGCCAUGUGCGCACCAAGCGAGAAAUUUCUGAACAUGGGGGCCCCUCUGGGAGUCGGCUUUGGCCUUGUGCUUGCUUCUUCCGUUGGAUCCAUGUUCUUCCCUCCAACAUCUGCAUUUGGCGCUGGCCUCUAUUCUGUGGCCGUUUAUGGGGGCUUGGUCCUUUUUAGUUUGUUCCUGCUCUAUGAUACUCAGAAAGUGGUAAAACGUGCAGAGACUCAACCGCUGUAUGGUGUAGGUCUCCAGAAGUAUGAUCCCAUCAAUUCGUGUAUGGGUAUUUACAUGGACACGCUCAACAUCUUUAUCAGAGUGGCCACUAUGCUUGCGACUGGCGGCGGCGGCAGGAAGAAGUAGAGAGCCACUUCCUUUGGCAGACCAUACUGGCAGGUCAUCAGGCACUUUGGCUUGUCUGCUUAGUGCAUAAUACCUAAUAAAAUUUCCAUUGUGUACAAGCAGCUUUCAUGUAGAAGCCGGACAUUCUAAGCACUUCGACAUGACCUUUAAGGUGUUUUCAGUGUAAUGUGACUUGGCUCAUUUUCCUGUUUAACUUUUAAACAGUUGAGUGGAAACUAGAUUGCUGCAUACCACAUUCAGUCAUCUCCUCUCUAAUUGGGGGUGAAUGGCAGAGAAGUUAAUUUCAAUAUAUGUAUAUUUGUUGCAGGUAUCAGUUCAGUUCCUUCCUUUGAAAAGGUGAAGCUCUAUGCUAUGCUGUAAUCUCCCUUCAUAUAUAGGAAUAGCCCAGGAGAACCCCAUUUAAGCCUUUUUGGAAGGCACUGGAAACAGAUAUGUUCUCAAACUAUUUAUAGCCGAUUAACUGUGCUGAAAUGCAUAAUAUAUUGAUAACAGCUGAGUGUAGCCACCACCUACUUGUGACUUGUGAUACCUAAUUUUUAAAAGGAUAAUUAUUAGGAUUCUCCUUGCACAUCAGCAGAAAAUUGGGGAACUACUAACUAGUAUUUGUUCUGCUGUUACACAACUACCAUCAAGCCUGUAACUUCUCUUUGAAAAGAAAAAUAGUUAAGGCAAGGUGAAUAAGGCAUGGUAAAGGCAGUCUCUUGAAUGGGCACCAGUUGGGAAUUUCAGACUCCUUUAAAACUCAAGCUGGGAAGCAAAUUUCAUUUUAGAACGUUUUCUUCUCUACUCCCAACUCAAAAUCCCAUUAACUUCACUGUCAUAAGUUUCUUUUGAUUUUAUCCCAAGAUGCAAGUGAGGGGCUUCUUUCCUGAGCAACUGAGCAAUGAGUUCUAAAAGACAUUCAAGUGGGGUGUCCCUUUAAUUCAACAACCACAUUUUUUGCAACUAAGAUUUGUAUAAGCUGGCAGAACAGAUGUAUGAAAAUUUAUCAGGUAGAAUAAAAGCUAUUUUGGAAAGUGCUGUAGCCUCGUAAUUUCUUUAACACUCAUCUAUUGAACCAUUGUUAUGCAACAGUUCAAUGACUUUAUUCUCCUUCUACCAUGCCAAUAUAUGCUUGUACCAGUUUCGGAAACAAUAAAAGUCCUAGCCCAGCA